ACAUUGAGACAUGCAUGCAUGGAUCAUGAUCAAUCUAAGGAGCCAUAGCCAGUCGUCCAGCUAUAUAAUAUAAAGGGGCCAUCCCCACACAAAUAAUCAAGCAAGCACCAACACCUACUUGAGCAGCAACACCAACACUACUACAUAUCAAGUCACCAUGGCCAAGAAGAAGCUGCUUGCACACAAGCUCUUCUCUACCAUGGUCUCCCUCCUCCUGCACGGCCGGCGGCCCCUUUCCAGGGCGGCCACUGCCACGGGCAACGCCGCACCACCACCGCCACACCCUUGCCAGCUGGUGCACCACAAUGCCUCCCCUCCAACGGAGAAGCUCGCCGAUCAGCAGACAACCCUCGUCGUCGACGUCGACACCGCGCUGCUGCGGUCCGGCGACCUGCUCCCGUACUUCAUGCUCGUCGCGCUUGAGGCCGGCGGGUUCCUGCGCGGCCUCCUCCUGCUCCUCCUCUACCCUCUGGUAUGUUGCGUGAGCAGAGGCGUGGCCAUGAAGCUCAUGGCGGCGGUGGCCUUCUGCGGCCUGCGCGCGAGCCGGUUCCGCGCGGGCCGGGCGGUGCUGCCCAAGUGGUUCAUGGAGGACGUGGCGGCGGAGGGCUUCGAGGCGGUGCGGGCGGCGGGGAGGCGGGUUUGUGUCACCGGGAUGCCGCGGGUGAUGGUGGAGGGGUUCCUGCGGGAGUACUUGGAGGCGGAGGCGGUGGUGGGGAGGGAGAUGAAGGUGCUGUGGGGUUUCUACACCGGCCUCAUGCAGGAGGAGGAAGAAGAAGAUGAGCAGCAGGUGGUGAUGGCGACCGAGGAGGAGAAGAAUAUUGUUGUAGCCUUCUCCGGAUCAAUGGAGUUUCUCAAGCAUCCUCUCUCACGUUCCUGCAAGGACAUUUACGUGGUGAGCUCGGAGGAGAAGAGCAAGUGGCGACCGUUGCCGAGGGACAAGUACCCCAAGCCGAUGGUGUUCCACGACGGCCGCCUCGCGUUCCGGCCAACCGCCGCCUACACGGCCGCCAUGUUCGCGUGGCUGCCCUUCGGCGCGGCCCUCGGCGCCGCGCGCCUGGCCGUCGCGCUCACCGUGCCGUACAAGUACUCCACGCCCAUCCUUGCCGCCACCGGCAUGUCGUGGCGGCUCAAGGGCGAGCGCCCGCCCCUGCCGAGCGGCGGCCGGGGACAGCUGUUCGUGUGCAACCACCGCACGCUCAUCGACCCGGUGUACGUGUCCGUGGCGCUGGACCGGCAGGUGCGCGCCGUGUCGUACAGCCUCAGCCGCCUGUCGGAGCUCAUCUCCCCCAUCGGCCGCACCGUGCGCCUCACGCGGGACCGCGACAGCGACGGGCAAGUCAUGGCGCGGCUCCUGGACCGCGGCGACCUCGUCGUCGUCUGCCCCGAGGGCACCACCUGCCGCGAGCCGUACCUGCUCCGCUUCAGCCCGCUGUUCGCCGAGCUCAGCGACGACGUCGUCCCCGUCGGCAUCGCCGUUGAGACGUCCAUGUUCUACGCCACCACAGCGGGCGGGCUCAAGUGCUUCGACCCGCUCUAUUACAUGGUCAACCCGAGGAUGUGCUACACGGUGCAGUUCCUCGACAAGGUGGACACGUCGCCGGUCAGGGACAGGGCGGCGCCCAGCACCGACAUGGCCAACCUCGUGCAGAGGAAGAUGGGGGACGCGCUGGGGUACGGAUGCACCAUGCUCACCAGGAAGGACAAGUACCUCAUGCUCGCCGGCAACGACGGCAUCGUCAGAACCGAUGACAAGUCUCAGUCCGCGUCUGCCGCCGCCACUGCCGCAGGGAAGAAAAAGAAGAAGAGUACAGAAAAGAACAACUAAGUAAACUUAGCUUGUCGAUAAAAUUAAAAAGAACAAUCAAGAAAGGAAGAAAAGGAGAUAUUUAGUUCUACUUUUCUGGAUUUAGACUUGGAAGUUUGGUGCAUUUCGUUGUUGAUCUGUUCAUUAGUGCUGUUUGUUUCUGUCGGAGGAUGAACUCCACAAGCGGGGAUCCGGAGUGAUCCUUUUGAAAUUCGGUCGGGCAUGAUUCUGAAUUUACAUUGUAUGUGAAAUAAAUGGGAGUAAAUGAGAUGCAGGUGGGAAAUAAAUGCUCAGAAGAUUUUAGACAGAUUCGGGCCGCACGGAGCGUAACACCCUACUCCUGUAUGUAUGCUAUAAAUACUUUGUAAAUGCCUCUCUGAUGAU